UUUAGGGUCGUCUGCGAGCUCAUGACCCCGAGGUCUCGCGAUCGACGAGUUUGUCUCUCGAAGACAGCUUCCUUGUAGAUAUCAGAUCUGAAGGUAAAAAAGUGAAGGUGCGAGCGGUGCAGUUGAAUCUGCUGCUGCCACUCAGACUGGUCGAUUUCACGAGCCUCGUUCAGGGUUUUGGUAGUCCGACGAUCUGAUGUGGACGACGCGUUGCGGGAGGCAGCGUCGAGGCUGUGGGGCGCUGCGCUCUUGAGCUCUGGCAUUGCGGGUUCGCUCUGCCGGAAAUCGUUCACAUUUUUGACAGCGCAGAACAAGAACGAGAGGCUGGCACAAGUGGUGCUCUUUGAGAUCGGGAGCAACAUCAGUGGUGGCGGGUACUACCGCCGGAAAGGAACGACGCAGGGGGAGGAAUUUUGGCACCGGAGCCACUCGGGGUUGAGGCGACCUGGGAGAGGGGAGGAGGGUGCAAAAUGUGGACCCUCAAUAGGGUUGGCCUGUUGGGGGUUGCGUGUGCGCUGGUUUUGCUUCAGCUGUGCAGUGCCAACGAGUACGACCACAGGUAUGGCAAAGGGGAUCCGGUGAUGCUGUGGGUGAACAAAGUGGGGCCUUACAACAAUCCGCAAGAGACGUACAACUACUACAGUCUGCCGUUUUGCAGUCCGGGUGCGGCUGGCAAUGCUCGACACAAAUGGGGAGGGCUGGGCGAAGUGCUGGAAGGGAACGAGCUGAUCGACAGCGAGGUCGAGAUCAAGUUCAAGACACCCGUGGAGAAGAGGACGAUAUGCAGCUUCACAUUGGACGGCACGUCGGUAGCUGCAUUCAGAUCUGCUGUGGCACAAGCUUACUGGUUCGAGUUCUUCAUGGACGAUCUUCCACUUUGGGGGUUCGUGGGAGAGCAGCAUGCGGACAAGAAUGACGACGAGAAGUACACGAUCUACACACACAAGGACCUGUUGAUUAAGUAUAACAACGACCAGAUCAUUCAAGUGAACCUGACCCAAGACAACCUGCAGCCCCUGAUUUCUGGGAAAAAGAUCGACCUGACGUACGCAGUGCAGUGGGUGGAGACCAACAUAUCGUUCAUCCGACGAUUCGACGCGUACCUGGAUUACCCGUUCUUUGAGCACCAGAUACAUUGGUUCUCUAUCUUCAACUCGUUCAUGAUGGUGAUAUUUCUGACGGGGCUGGUAUCGAUGAUUCUGAUGCGCACCCUCCGCAACGAUUAUGCGAAGUAUGCACGCGAGGAGGACGACUUGGAGACGCUGGAGCGGGACGUGAGCGAGGAGUCGGGAUGGAAACUGGUGCAUGGAGACGUUUUCCGGGCGCCUCGGAACCUGGUGCUGCUGUCGGCAUUGGUGGGGACGGGCGCUCAGCUGGCGAUGUUGAUGCUGCUGGUGAUCCUGUUAGCGAUCGUGGGGAUGCUGUAUGUUGGGCGUGGAGCUAUUGUGACGACAUUCAUCGUGUGCUACGCGCUGACGUCGUUCAUCGCGGGAUACGUGAGUGGAGGGUUCUACUCGCGCAAUGAUGGAAAGCACUGGAUCAAGUCGAUGCUGCUGACGGCGUCGUUGUUCCCAUUCCUGUGCUUCGGCAUCGGUUUCCUGCUGAACUUCGUGGCGAUCUACUAUCAUUCGCUGGCGGCCAUUCCGUUCGGCACGAUGGUGGUGGUUUUUGUGAUCUGGGCGUUUAUUUCAUUCCCGCUGGCUCUGUUCGGGACGGUGGUGGGGCGGAACUGGAGUGGGCAACCGGACAACCCGUGCAGGGUGAAGACGAUUCCGCGGCCGAUUCCAGAGAAGAAGUGGUACUUGAAGCCUUCGGUGGUGGCACUGCUGGGAGGGUUGUUGCCGUUCGGGAGCAUCUUCAUCGAGAUGUACUUUGUGUUCACGUCGUUCUGGCAGUACAAGGUGUACUACGUGUACGGAUUCAUGCUGCUGGUGUUCAUCAUCUUGACGAUCGUGACGGUGUGCGUGACGAUCGUGGGGACGUAUUUCUUGCUGAAUGCGGAGAACUAUCACUGGCAGUGGACGUCGUUUUUGUCGGCGGCGUCGACAGCGGGAUACGUGUACCUGUACUCGGUGUACUACUUCUACAUGAAGACGAAGAUGUCCGGGUUUUUCCAGAUCAGUUUCUACUUCGGGUACACGCUGAUGUUCUGCCUGGGGUUGGGCAUAUUCUGUGGAGCUGUGGGGUACCUGGGGUCGUCGAUGUUUGUGCGACGUAUAUAUAGGAACAUCAAGUGUGACUAGGGUGGGGAUCGAAUUUUCCCCCGCAGGAAGUUGUGGGCUCUGGCUAGAGUGGUGCUUGUUGUGUGUGUGCCAAGUACCUAGAGUUGCCCGCGAGGCGACUACUUAGAACCUAACCAGACUGUAUUCCACAGGGCCAGGCAGCCGAUGAGGGCACUUGCUAGACGCGAUUUGCAGAUUAUCUAGUGAGAGUAAGUGGAGCGAAUUCAUGAAUUUGUGGGCACGGUCCGAUUCCAAGCAGGGUAGCAGGGGCGUUCUAGAGCUCGCAGGGUGGCGCUUUGUGCACAAUUUUUUAAGAAGUUCGUCUAUUUUGGUGGCGCAUGCCCGGUGUGUGCUGGGUUCCACAUUUUCCAUGCAUGAUCCUGGGUGCGACGAUCGUGGGGGCAUGUUUUGAACCUGUUGAUCUGCGAUUCAACUUGAAUGGGUUGAAUCGGAUGUGCACUUCCAGUGUUAUGAGGUUUGUCUGUGCGCUCGACAUUCACACAAUUGCUGUUUGAAUUUACAUUAUUUUUAUAUAUUUUUUUUAACGUU